GUAUUUUAAGACACACACAUGUAUAAUAGAUAUAGUUCGUUAAUCGAUUAUCGUAUGCGUGAAAUGCAACGAGUGUCGUUUGUUUAAAGUCACGUACAACUGCUGCAGUAUUUAGGUGCAUUUGAAAACCGCUUAAAUAUGUCAUUUGUGGGAGGGGGCGGAGGCACAGAUGUGCACAAAUUCGUAGAGGCGCUGCAGGCCGAUUUCAAAACACUCUCACUAGAAACCAAGAAGAAGUACCCUCAGAUAAAGGAGGCAUGUGAGGAGGCGAUCUCCAAACUCUGUACCGCUGGCAGCAGCCAACAAAAUUCCGUAUACUACACCGUAAAUCAGAUUCUAUAUCCUUUGGUACAGGGGUGCGAGACGAAGGAUUUGAAAAUCAUUAAGUUCUGCAUGGGCAUGAUGCAACGCCUAAUCACACAGCAGGUGGUCGAUCAGAAGGGAGCCCUUUACAUAACCAACGCUCUAUGGACGCUCAUGGAAAAUAACAUUGAAGAGGUGCGAGUUCUUCAAACUGUGACCUUGCUACUGACAACCAAUACUGUGGUACAUGGUGACACACUCGCUAAGGCACUGGUGCUUUGUUUUCGCUUGCAUUAUACAAAAAACCCGACAAUUGUCAACACAGCCGGCGCCACAAUUCGCCAAUUAGUGUCGCUUGUCUUUGAGCGCGUUUAUUUGGAGAAAGACUCGGUGGCUAGCUUGCAGAACCAACAAGCACAGCUACAACAGCAAGAUCUGAAGAAAAAUGGACUCAAGGAUGGGCCCACUACAAGCACUAAUGCCAUCGAAGGGGAUGCCAGCUCUGCAGUGGCUGGAAGUCCAGGGCAGGAUGUGCAGACCUUUGCAUCGGAUGCGUUUAUGCUAUUUCAAGAUCUUGUCCAGCUGGUGAAUGCGGAGCAACCUUAUUGGUUGGUGGGCAUGACUGAAAUGACGCGCACAUUCGGCUUAGAGCUACUCGAGGCAGUGCUGAGCAGCUUCAGCGCUGUCUUCCACGAGAACAAUGAUUUCCGUUUGCUGCUGAAAGAACGGGUCUGCGCGCUAGUUAUAAAGCUCUUUUCACCCAAUGUGAAACACCGGCAACUGCCAGCCCAGAACAAUGGUAAUGCAGCUGUGCCAGCCGAUAAACCGCACUUCCCCAUCAGCAUGCGUCUGCUGCGUCUAGUGGCCAUUCUAAUACAAAAGUAUCACACCAUUCUGGUUACGGAGUGUGAAAUCUUUCUUUCACUCAUCAUAAAAUUUCUUGAUCCGGACAAGCCCCAUUGGCAACGCGCUCUUGCCCUAGAGGUUAUACACAAAUUGGUUACACGUUCUACUCUAAUGGCGUUCUUUUGCAAAUCAUACGAUUUGAAAAACCAUGCCACAAACAUAGUUCAUGAUAUGAUCGCCGCCCUAGGAAGCUUUGUACGCUACUCCCUAAUUAAUGCGUCGGCUGUGUUAAAUGGCCAGCAGGCUGGCGGCAUUACGCCAAAUACGUUUGCUGCGCUCACGAGUGGCAGUCAGUGUGGUUUUAUGUUCCGUGGAGCCUAUCUGCCGCUGGUGGCCACCUUUGCUUUAGGCGUUUCAAAAGCUGUCUAUUUGGAAAUGCUGGACAAGCUAGAUGCGCCCAAUAUACCAGAUAGUUACGGCAUUUCGGUUGCCUAUGCUAUACUGCUGGACAUAACACGUUCUAUUGGUGGCGUUAUACAACGCACAACCGAUCCGCACCCUACAGCCAAUACGGCCAUCAUUGGCGAGGACGAAUACAAGCCUCUAUGCUUGCAGCUAAUCAACUCCAGCUGGACUGGAUUGCUGACAGCUUUUAUACCGCUCGUUGAGACUUCAAUUGAUGAAGCGACCACCGAAAAUUUGCUAAAAGCCAUGCAGAACUACGCUGCGCUUUGUGGCAUUUUGGAGCAACUGCAGCCGCGGGAUGCGUUCAUCUUAGCUAUAUGCCGAGCCUCAUUUCCACCACAUUAUGCAAUGUCGAUAUUCUCUAACAACGCUCACAUGGAUGGGGACUUAAGAUGUCACACGCGCAGCAGCAGUCAGGAUCUGAGUAAUCAAUUUAUGAAUAACUGCAACGCUGAAACGGGCGACUUUCGGCCUCAGAUUGUUGCCGUGGGCACGCCUUUGCCUAGCGCCUCUCUUCCUCACAGCGUUAUGCAGGCGCCGGUGAUGCUUACAAACAAAAAUCUACAAUGUAUGCGCGCCAUUCUGUUCCUGGCUCACAACAACGGCAGCAUCCUGGGCACUUCGUGGUACAUUGUGCUGCAAACGUUGCAGCAUCUGGUCUGGAUACUGGGUCUAAAGCCGUCCACGGGCGGUAGCCUCCAGGCCAUUCCCAAGCCGGCGGUGGAGGCAAAUGUGGGCAUUCAAACAGCAGUUAUGGCCGACUUGCCAGUACUCUCUCAAAUGCUUAGCCAACUCUUCGAGUCAAGUCAGUAUUUAGAUGAUGUAGCACUUCAUCAUUUGAUUGAUGCUCUGUGCAAGCUUUCACACGAAGCCAUGGAGCUAGCCUAUGCUAAUCGGGAACCAUCAUUGUUUGCUGUAGCAAAAUUGCUAGAGACGGGCUUAGUUAAUAUGUCGCGCAUCGAGGUAUGGCGGCCUCUAACAAACCACCUGUUGGAGGUCUGUCAGCAUCGGCACAUACGCAUGCGUGAAUGGGGCGUGGAGGCCAUCACAUAUUUGGUAAAAUCAUCGCUGCAGUUCAAGCACAAAGUGCCGCUCAAAGAGAAUAUUGAGCUGCAAACUAUGCUGCUUAGUCCUUUAUCAGAGCUUUCCACGGUAAUGCAUGCAGAUGUGCGUCAGCGGCAGCUUGAUUGCGUUCUCCAAAUUCUCAAUACUGCCGGUGAGAUUUUGUCGUUUGGUUGGCCAGCUAUAAUCGAAAUAAUUGGAGCAGUUAAUGAGCAUCAUGGCGAACCAUUGAUACGCACGGCUUUUCAGUGUCUGCAGUUGGUCAUAACAGACUUUCUAACUGUAAUGCCCUGGCGUUGUCUGCCCCUUUGCAUAAGUACUGCGGCUAAAUUCGGAUCUCAGACACAGGAGUUAAAUAUCUCUUUGACGGCCAUUGGCCUCAUGUGGAAUAUCUCUGACUUUUUCAAUCAAAACCAAGAAAAACUGAUGUCGGCGCAGGUGAAUGACGUAGCCAUUCUGCCGGACUUUCCCGGUACUGUUAAGAUGCCACAAUUCGAUAAACUCUGGAUGUGCCUGUACGCGAAGUUGGGCGAACUGUGCGUGGAUCUGCGACCUGCUGUACGAAAGUCGGCGGGUCAGACGCUCUUCUCCACCAUUUCAGCGCAUGGCAGUUUGCUGAAUCCGCCCACCUGGCAGGCGCUCGUAUGGCAGGUACUCUUUCCACUGCUCGAUAAUGUAAGAUCGUUGUCGAGUUCGGCUAGUAACGAGAAAGUCGACUCCAGUGGCAAUAUUUUGAUACAUCACUCUCGCAAUACGGCCCAAAAACAAUGGGCGGAGACACAGGUGCUGACACUUUCGGGUGUGUGUCGUGUGUUUAACACAAAGCGCGAGUUGCUGCAAAUGUUAGGCGACUUUGAGCGGGCCUGGUCUUUAAUAUUGGAGUUUAUACAAAAUGCAGCUCUCAGCAAGAACGGGGAGGUGUCAUUGGCGGCACUGAAGUCCCUUCAAGAGAUAAUGUAUCACAAUACAGAACGCAGUGUAGCAACGACAAAAGUGGCGGAUGUUGCUAAGGAUCAGGACGAUGAGAUUUGGACUAUUGCAUGGAAUAUUUGGCUCAGCAUUGGCAUGGAGAGCACCAAAAUGACAACAAAAAGCAACAACAGCCAGGAAGACUAUUACAUUCCCAGCCAGGCGUUUCUAACAGCCCUCAUACAAAUAUUUCCCGCUAUAUUUCAGCACAUACAAACCAAAUUUUCGGCCAGCGACUUUGAUAAAUUUUCCACCGUUCUUACCAAUGCCGUUUGCAUUCCCCUCCAAACGGAUGCAGUUCCUUACAUUAUGUCCACAGUCUCAGAUACGCUAUUGACGCCACUCCACGACGGUAUUCUCGAAUGCAUGGAGCUAAUCCAAAAGGAGGCCACAAAGCCCAAUUCGAACAUACGCCAACUAAUUCCUGCCAUCUUUCGCCAGCUACUGAUCUUCAGCAAAUUUGCGUGUGCUCCGCCAACUUUUCAGCAGAACGUGGACAACAAGUAUGUCAAGACAACAAAUCAUUAUUCAAACAACGCUUCCGUUGAGGUUGUCAGCAUGAAUUACAUUCCUUUUGGGGAGAAGGCGAUCAGCAUUUGCGCUAAGCUGUAUCAAAGUACGGCGGCCGAGGAUCCAGUCGUACAGGAGCAGAUCUUGCACGAGAUCAUCAAAGCUCUACGCACACCAUUGGCCAUGAAAUAUAAGUGUUUGGCGUCUAGUACCUGGAAACUGGCGAUUUCAAGCCUCAUAAAUGUGUUGCACACGGGCCUAAAGGUGGCACGAGCGAAACCGCAACAUUUUACGGGAAUGUGGGACGAUUUGGCCGAUACGCUGGAUAAGUUUCUGUUUCCAGCUAGCGUAUGCACCAUUGAGGAUAGGGGACUGGAGGAAAUUGUAUUAGACGAGACGAUUGAUUGUCAAGUCAUCGAACUGUUGCGCGACGAGGUACUGCCCUAUCCGGAGAUGCCACAUCAGUUUGUUAUGCAAAUUGUGGUGCUACUCAACAAGGGUUCCAUACACUCGGCCUCGGAUACGAACAUCUGCUACGAAUCGGACUGGAAGUUGCGCGAGAUCUUUGCCAAAACUUGCUUCGAGACCUUACUGCAGUUCUCAUUGCUUGGAGAGAAUGGUGCCCAUAACAAUAAUCGUAUCGCUAACGCACCGGUCUUGAAUGCAAAUCUCUUGCCAAGCUGUGGAGAAGCGGGUACGGUUGGCAAAGCUUUUGCGGGUCGCUUGGCGGUGACAGCUUUGUUGCAUCGCUUCCAGGAAGUGCUUAAACGUUUCAACGAUGAUGAACGACAAAGCGGCAAGUGCCCGCUUCCCAGAUUCCGUUUAUCCGAAAUAUCCUUUGUUUUGAAGGCAAUUGCCACUUUAGUGGUCUCCAUGAAGAAGGCACCAUCCUCUAAGGCAGUUAAUAAGCCUGCCUGGGAUCAGUUAAUUGGCCUCUAUCCCUAUCUGGUCGACUGCACCACAACUACAUCGCCUGAGGUGUCACGAUCGCUUCGAGAGGCUCUGCUUCAAUACACGGACCUGUUGCAGGCACCCACAACUUGCCUAAAUGACAAUGUGGUGGUGCCAUCAAAUGGGCAGGAGUAGUUAAAUAAUAUAAAUAUAAUUAUAUAUUAUAUGUACAUCGGUUGCGGUGCAAGGCAUUCAGUUUUUAAAGAUGAGUCACAUUUUAAUAUUUAUUUUGUGCAUAAGUUAUAAAUGUUAUUUCAAAAUAUAUUACAUACAUAGAUGUAAACAA